CGCACAGUGCACAGAAGGCCUUGCAAAUACCAGGUGCAGGUUAAAUACAAGAAGGAAUUUGUCUCCAGGAAGCUCAAACAUGACACGCCAGUUUUGUUGUCUCUGUCUAGAUAUUUAAGAAGUGGAGCAAGGGAUUCAAUCGACCAUUCUUCAUGCUCAGACAGUGGGGACAGAUUCACUCGGUUAACUGACCAACUGGCAUGUCCAUCAUUUUACACAGGAGAAAGGCCAUUCACCUUCUCAGACAGUGGGAAUGGAUUCACUCGGUCAUUUCAACUGAAGGUACAUUAGCAAGUUCACACUGGGCAAGGCCAUUCACCUGUUCUGUGGGUAAGAAAGGAUUAACUCAGUUUUCCCACCUGUGGACACACCAGUCAGUUCACACCAGGCAGAAGCUGGUCAUCUGCUGAAUUUCUGGGAAAGGAUUCACUCAGUCUUAAUGGCUCACCAGGGAGUUCACAUCAGGGAGCGGCCAUUCACUUGCUCAGUCUGUGGGAAGAGAUUCAUUAAAUCAUCCGACCUGCUGAGUCAUCAGCGAGUUCACACUGGGGAGAAGCCGUUCACCUGCUCAGACUGUGGGAAGAGCUUCACUCACUUAUGCAACCUACAGAAUCAUCAGCCAGUUCACACUGGGGAGAGGCCAUUCACCUGCUCAGAAUGUGGGAAGGGAUUCACUCAGUCAUCCCAUCUGAAGGUUCAUCAGCGAGUUCACACUGGGGAGAAGCCAUUCAUCUGCUCAGUCUGUGGAAAGGGAUUCACUGAUUCAUCCACCCGGCAGAAACAUCAGCGAGUUCACACUGGGGAGAAGUCGUUCACCUGCUCAGAAUGUGGGAAGGGAUUCACGGAUUCAUCCUGCCUACUGGUACAUCAGCGAGUUCACACUAGGGAGAAGCCGUUCACCUGCUCAGAAUGUGGGAAGGGAUUCACUCAGUCAUCCCACCUGCAGAGACAUCAGCGAGUUCACACUGGGGAGAAGCCAUUCAAAUGCUCAGAAUGUGGGAAGAGAUUCACUCAAUCUUCCACCCUACAGGCACACCAGCGAAUUCACACUGGGGAGAAGCCAUUCACUUGCUCAGUCUGUGGGAAACAAUUCACUCUGUCAUUCCAACUACUGAAACACCAGCGAGUUCACACAGGGGAACGGCCGUUCGCCUGCUCAAAAUGUGGGAAGAGGUUCGCUGGAUCAUCCAACCUACAGAGACAUCAGCAAGUUCACACUGGGGAGAAGCCGUUCACUUGCUCAGUCUGUGGGAAGGGAUUCACCCAGUCGUCCCAACUACUGGCUCACCAGUCAAUUCACAAUGGGGAGUGGCCAUAGUUAUGAAUCUCUGGGUUUCGUUUGCUGUGGGCUGUCAUUUUAAGAGAGAGCGAGAGAGAUUAAGAAGGUGAAUCAGUCUGACUUGCAGCUUGUUUACAUUGCUCGCAGCUUGUUUCCUUUUAACCAAGGACACAGACAAUCAGAGUCAGACGGAGACGAAGGAGGAAAAAUGGAAGGAUCGAAACCAGGGAACUAGAGGCCAAGGGUCACUGUUUGGAACUUUCCUAUGCCCACAAGGGUGGGUUAAUUAUCGAUUCACCAUACAUCGUAUAUGUAGUUGUCACCGCGUUUGAUCCAUAGGAGUGGAUCUGAUUUGGGGUGUACUAUGAAGACCACAGAUGUGUUAACCCUUCCCUGGGUGUGGUGUGGUAAUUCACUUGAAGACGAUACCGCUUGUGACAAGUCACUUUCGGUGAUAAAUCUUAUGAGGGUUUGGAAUGACGACAAAUAAAAUCGACAGCGACUGUUGUGUGGUUUUACCACCAUGGAACCUGUGGAAUUCAACAUAAUUGCCUUCUCUCAACAUUUACCCUGGAUUACAAAUAUCUCUCUCAUCACCUGAACUUUCAUACUUUGCUAUCUCAAGAAUCCAAGCCUUGUUUCUCCAGAGCUCAAUAGUUUGGGAGUUUUAUUUAAACACAUAUAUACACAUAACACUGUUAACUUUUGUUUAUCUUGCUUUAGUUACUAUAUUACAAGUAGAUUCUAAUACAGAUAGUUUUAAGAUCAAAAACAGACUCCAGGUAUAGUCUAUUGCUGCUGGUUCGUUUCUAAAACGUUAUGAUUCGUAACAAAAUUGGGGCCUGCAUCCAGUAUAUGAACAGAUUUGGGGGCGUAUUCAUUAAUUAUCAAUUUCAUCCCUUUUCAUUUAUUGGUGUGUGGAAAAUCAGCAGCAAUGGAUGCUGUUAGAUGUCUGGAUGCUGACCAACCUGUGAGGCAUUAGAGGAUGCCAGAAGGGUUGAGUUGUUGAGCCUUGCUAGAAGGGUAAAACUUGCUAAGGUGAAAUUGACAAUGAGGAGGGCACAGAUGCAGAGGAUAAUAGCUGAACAUUAUGUAUCUGAGGGUGUGUUUAAAGUGGAGGAGUUGGAGGUGUUUCCUGAAAGUAAACCUCGUGAGCUUGAGCUCCAGUACAAGUGAGAAAAAUUAAACUGGAGGCUGCGGAAAGGCAGAGGCAGUUUGAGGCUAGAGAAGCAGAAAAACAGAGAAGAGGCAGAAAAAUAGAGGGAGGAAACAGAAAGACAGAGGCUGUUCGAGCUGGAAAAGAUAAAGAGGUUGCAGCAAAGGAGUCCAGCGUUUUUCUCUGGUGAUAAAUUUGAGGCCAGUUGGGAAGUUAAAUUGGUCCCUACAUUUGACGAGGCAGA